ACAUUUUCAUCGUUUUUUUAAUGAAGGGUUCAUUAAACCUUCUGACCAUUGAACCUUUGGACUAUUGCUACAGCCCCGACCUAUGUGGUAUAAAGAAAUAUGGAGUUCGGCAGUGAAUUUGUGUACGUAUCACCUUCUGGUGAGUCUGAACAGUUAGAAGAGGUGACUGUGAUGGAAAAAUCAGAAUUCUCAGUGGAUACAGCCUUAAAUAGGAAUAAUUUUUCAAAUGGGAAAGGUGUUGGUAAGACUUGUUUUCUGGAUAUUUUGGACACAGCAGGGCAGGAAGAAUAUUCUUCAAUGCGUGAACUUUAUGUCAGAUCAGGCCAGUGUUUUGUCAUCGUAUAUGAUGUCUGUGAUCAGUAUAGCUUUCAAGAAGCUUUGGCCAUGUAUACGUGGUUACAACGCAUCAGAUGUUCAAUGGGGGAUGAAUCCAAACCAGCAGCAAUUCUAGUUGGAAACAAGAUUGAUCUAAUCGGCCAACGUGAAGUGAGCACAGCUGAGGGAGAGAAGGCAGCAAAAGAACGUGAUAUCUUGUUCCAUGAAACUUCAGCCAAAACAGGUGAAAAUGUGAGCAACGCAUUUGAGGAGUUGGUAUUACAAACAGCAAGAAAAUAUGGGAAGAGAUCAGAAUACAAGGUUGUUGUACUGGGGAGUGGGGGCGUGGGCAAGUCUUCCCUUACAGUGCGUUACACAACAGACAUGUUUGUGGAGAGUUAUGACCCGACUAUAGAGGACUCCUACAGAAAAAUGGUCAAUAUAGAUGGACUAGAGGAAGUAGAGACAAGAUCUGCUGAUGAAUCACAAGGAAAAAGACUGAACAGGGGUCCGAGGUUUCAGAUGUUCAAGUGGUUAAAUUGCUGCGGAAGUCAAAAAGCAACUAAGAAAGAGGCAAAGCUCAAUAAUCUUUCUGAAGGCAGUGCCAUCAAGAAGAGACCUAAGAAUCCAGUAAAGAAUGUAUACAAGCAAAGAGCUGACUGCAAUGUGGUGUUACUGCACCUGGGGGCUCUUGAGGAGGAGGAAGACCAAGUGAUGGGGUGUCCAGUGAUGUGCAACACAUGUUCUGUGGUGCUGUCACCUUUAUCUGCAGUUGAACAGAAUGGCGAUGGGACAAUGACAUGUGUCUGUGAAUUCUGUGGCAAUGAAAACAAGAACAUUGACAUGAACCAGAAGGCUCUCCCCAGCAGUGACACUGUUGACUACAUACUUUCUCCACCAACAAAACCCAGCACAGAUAAUGAGGAAUUGCUGGAGAAGAAAAUUACUUUACCUGGAAUAGUGGUGUAUUGUUUUGAUAUCAGUGGAUCUAUGGGAAGCACUACACCUGUGCCUGCAUUACAAGCUGAGUGGAAAAACCUAAAGCAGAAAAAUCCUGGCUCAAGUGACUCCCUCUAUAUCUCCAGACUGGAAUGUGUGAAGAUUGCAGCUAUAAGACAACUGGAAAUGUUGAAUAUGGAUCAACCAGAGAAACCAGUUGCCUUCAUCAUCUUCAGUGGGGAGGUUACAGUGAUAUUAUUCAAUAAGGGAGAAGUGAAUAAGUACUUGGUACCCAGUUCAUAUUUAAACAGCUAUGAUGAGCUGGUGGAAUAUGGUAUGAAUUUGGCCAAUGGAAUGAACCUGGAUCCUAUUUCCCAGUCAUUUAGUACAGCAGAGUCAAUGAUCCAGGAUUUCAAGGUAGCUGGUGCCACUGCCCUAGGACCAGCUCUGGCAGUGGCCACUGGGCUGGUGUUCAAAGACAGGAAAUCUGAGAUAAUCCUUUGUACUGAUGGAGAGCCCAAUGUUGGAGUCGGUUGCAAAGGUUAUGAUGAUGAAUUUUACGGCAAGAUUGGGUCAUUAGCUAGAAACAUGUGUGCUACCAUUUCCAUCAUUGGGACGGAGGGGGAGAGCAGUGGGAUGCAUAACGUCAGCCAAUGUGUUGCAGCCUCGGGAGGAACUGUCAACAUACUAAAACCACACGAGUUGUCAAGGCAACUGAGAUUAAUCUACCAGAAUCCUGUUGUUGCAACAGAUGUAGAAGUGGCAUUUGCUUUGCAUCCAUCUUUGAAGUUUGAGGACAAGGAUGAAAACAUGUGGGUGCAGGACAUAGGGAAUGUCACUAAGGCAAUGGACUUGACAUACAGCUUCAAGGCCAGAGAUGACAACAAGCCUCUCAAUAUGGAUCAGCUCCCAUUCCAGGUCCAAAUCAAGUACACCAAACCUGAUGGCACGAAGUGUUUAAGAGUCAUGAGAAAGAUGCAUAAAGUAACCAGUAAACGAGAAGAAAUGGAAAAGAAUGUCAAUGUAGCAGUGCGAGGAGUGGCUGCAGUGCAGCGUUCUGCCGCCAUGGCCCAGGCAGGCCAAUGUGCAGAGGCCAGGGAGGACCUGGAAAGUGUACAGAGGUUAUUUGCAAGAGGCGCUACAACAUCAAGUCAAAUAGAAGAGGGAUACAUUUUUGAAGUGGAGACAAAGGAUUUCCAUCAGAUGCUUGAGAAUAGUUUUGCUGGAAAUGUUCAGUCAGACCAUGCCACCAAGGUGCUGCACCAAAAGAAAAAUCUGCCUCUUUUACAAUUUUCUUCAGCACAGGCGAAAAAGGGAGCAAUUCAAAAACGCAAAGUAUGUGAGGAAUACAGAGAUAAAUACUACUCUUAUGAGUGCUAAAAAGGCAUUUUGAUUACCGUAUUGCACCUUUAAAAUAGUGUAUCCAAAUAUACAGUAUAUAGAGAGUGGAAGGGAUCAUUUCUCACUUUUAAUUAGUUGUGACAGUAACCAUAAAUAGAUCUUUUCGUCAAAAGACAAUUUCGAGAAAUUUAUAUUCAAUGAAAUAAAGGAUAUGUACUGUCUAAGCUGCAAAAACUAUGUACCAAUUUUUCGGACAAGACAUGGUUUUACACACUCCAGGGGAAG